CCCUGUUCACAGCGUUACUUGAUAAGGAGAGGGCAUAGCUGCCGGAGGAGCGAAAAUUAGACCGGACGCAACGGUGGCCACCGUAGGAGAGCGUAACGUUCGCUUCUCUUCUCCAAUCUCAGUCUCCAGAUCUCUCUCUCCUCACUUCUUACGGCUUCACCUCAGCUGCUUCCAAACAAGCUAGCCCCCGUUGAACCGUGAUCUUGCUUCACUGCAGCCAUGAUUUCGUCCAGCAGGAUCAAAUCGGUCGAUUUUUACAGGAAAAUCCCGAGGGAUUUGACAGAGGCCUCACUGUCUGGUGCGGGAUUAUCGAUAAUAGCAGCCCUUUCUAUGAUGUUUUUAUUUGGAAUGGAGUUGAGUAAUUAUUUAACAGUCAGCACUUCUACUUCUGUUAUUGUUGACAAGAGUUCCGAUGGGGAUUUUUUACGUAUUGAUUUUAACAUCAGUUUUCCAGCGCUCUCAUGUGAAUUUGCAUCGGUGGACGUUAGUGACAUCUUGGGGACUGUAAGUUUCUAUCAUCUUAUUACUUUGAGUGGUUUCAACAAAAAGGAAAGCUCGUUCUUCUAGUUCAGAAUUAAAUUUUAGAACACAGUUGAUGAUUCGAUUUGGUAAUUUUCAUUUCGAGCUUUAACAAUGGUUCUUCAUAUUGAAUGGCUUACAUAAGUUGUAUGUGGAAAGACUUUUAAUCGGUUGUUUAGGUUAAUUUAUCUACAGGAUAAAUAUCUUAGUGUUAGUUGGUAAUUGGUGAAUUUUUGGAAAUAUUUUUCAACUAUUGACUAGCUUAUGUUGUUAAUUUAAUAUUUUUAAAAUGUCAUAGUAAUUUUUUGAAUUUAAUGUAGAUAGAGGUCAAUCUAUAGGUUUUUAUCGAACAGCCUUGCCUAAUAUGAUAGGUUUUCUCUUUCAGAACAGGUUGAAUAUAACAAAAACAAUCCGUAAGUUUUCAAUAGAUCCAGAUUUAAAUCCAACUGGUGCAGAGUUUCACUCAGAUCUUAGUUCUAAUAUCAUUAAGCACGGAGAUGAUUUGGAUGAAGAGUCUGUUGAUGGUUCUAUACCAUUACAUGGUAGUAACUUCGACAAAUUAUCACAUCAGUAUGCAAUUUUAGUGGUUAAUUUUUUUGCUCCUUGGUGCUACUGGAGUAAUCGCUUGAAACCUUCGUGGGAGAAAGCAGCAAAAAUAAUAAGGGAAAGAUAUGAUCCAGAAGCCGAUGGGCGUAUUCUUUUGGGAAAGGUUGACUGUACUGUAGAAGUUGACUUGUGUAGGAGGCAUCACAUUCAAGGGUAUCCCUCUAUUCGCAUUUUUCGUAAAGGAAGUGAUGUUAGGGAGGACCGUGGACACCAUGAUCAUGAAUCUUAUUAUGGUGAUCGUGACACAGAAAGCCUGGUUAAGACAAUGGAAAGCUUGGUUGCAUCAAUCCCAACAGAGUCUAAGAAGCUGGCUCUGGAGGAUAAAUCAAAUGAUGGAAUUAAGAGACCUGCACCAUCAGCGGGAGGAUGUAGAAUUGAGGGAUAUGUACGUGUGAAGAAGGUUCCAGGCAACCUUAUCAUCUCAGCUCAUUCUGGAUCCCAUUCAUUUGAUACUUCUCAAAUGAAUGUGUCACAUGUCAUAUCCCAUCUUUCAUUUGGUCGGAGAAUUUCACCAAGGAUAUUGAGUGAUGUGAAGCGUUUAAUACCCUACCUUGGUCGAAGCCAUGACAGGUUGAAUGGUCAAUCAUUCAUUAACCACCGGGAUUUAGGUGCAAAUGUUACUAUAGAGCAUUACCUUCAAGUAGUUAAAACAGAGGUGGUAACAAGAAGAUCUUCUCAUGAACAUUCAUUGAUUGAGGAGUAUGAGUACACAGCACACAGCAGUCUAGCACAGAGUCUACACAUACCUGUCGCGAAAUUCCAUUUUGAGCUCUCUCCAAUGCAGGUCUUAAUAACAGAAAAUCCGAAAUCCUUUUCACACUUCAUUACCAAUAUCUGUGCUAUCAUUGGGGGAAUUUUUACGGUUGCUGGGAUUUUGGACUCAAUUUUCCACAAUACAAUUAGAUUGAUGAAAAAGGUAGAGCUAGGCAAAAAUUUUUGAUAGAAAGGCGGAAAUUAGUUUAUCUGUGAUUGUAAAGACUCUGAUUUUCUCAUACUACUUUACCAAAGAGAACUUUUUGAGUGACACAAUUUUAGCAGUACUCUUCAAGGAUGUGAACUUGGGAAAUGUCGAACAAUUUCAGCUUUAAAUUCCUCUGCGAAAUAAACUUCUCUGACCUUAUUUUAGCACAAGAAAAUGAAUGUUAAGGUAUGAU